AUGAUUAUUGCAAGGAAAACUAGAGAACACUUUGACAAGGAAAUGCCACAUGAAUUCCUUCAUAUUUACGGUUUAUUAGCGUUUCUUUUCUUUUCACGAUUUUUUGCGACACAGGUUAUUCAUGCGUGUACGAAUCCAGCUUCGUCCUGGUUUGAACCAUUGUUUUGGCAUACUCGUUCCUACAUAAUGACUGUAUCAAACAUUAGCGGAACAAUGUCAACAUGGUUAACAUUGAUGGUUACGGUAGAAACAGUUAUGUGCGUACUCAUGCCAUUCUUAUUUCGACAGUACUGCACAAAAAGGACCACAUGGUCCUUUCUGCUCGCAUCACUCACGGUAGCGACGCUGCUCAACGUAGCAAAUAUAAUUGUAGAAAGGAUUCUAUUUCAGAGCAACUCAUCUUGCUGGUACAUUCGAAGCAUGCAUUUGUUCAUAAUGCGAAGCAGUAGCGUCUAUGAAGUGAUACAAAAAGUCUACUAUUGGAUUCAGACGACCGUUGCAAUAAUUAUUCCUACAGUAGCUAUGCUCAUUUGUUCGAUUCUCAUUGUCAAGCAGUUCACAUUCAAGGAGCUUGGUGAGGCGUUCUCGCAAAGACGGAAGUGCGUGAUUCGUAUGACCGUUGCCACUACUGUCUCUCAUCUUCUGUUGGAGGGUCCGGCCACAUUGACACAUGCAGCCGUGGCACUGAAGGUAUGGAGUAUUGUCUCUAUGAGCUCUCUAUUAAGG